GGCGAAUGCAGAGAAAAUGAAGCUGUUUGCCAUUGAGCAAUGAGACUACAUGGUCAUGGCAAGGUCUCCGCUAUAAUUAUGGUUUUACCUCCAUCCCAGAGACUCUGGGUGGGGAUGUUGGUGGUAAUGGUAGUGGUUGAGUUCCCUGGAGCCCUGCAGAAGUGCAUCUUUGACGAGGUUCAGGCUCAGGCCGGGGUGGUCCGAGCUGCACCCAUCCACCCAGACAGCCCACCCAAUGAGCCCAGACUUGAAGCCCAGGCCGGAACCUUUGGCCAACAAACCAAUCGUCCAGGGCAGAGGGCAUCAUCUCUGCGUGGCCAGACACAGAGGAGAAGCCUGAGAAAGAUGGCCCUGCCCACUACUGCCUCUCCACAGCCAAUCAGGAUCCAGACCUGGAUUCCCACAGAGAGCAACAACCUAUCAGAGGCUGAGAAAGAGAGGCUGGAAGCAGCGGUGCAGGAGGCUGUGAGGAUGAUGUCUUCUUUACUAUCAGUGAACAGGGUAUCGGGUCCGUUGCUGCUCAGCAGAGACAUCAAUAAAUACUGCAAGUUUAUCUGGAGGAAUUCAAGUUCUGCUAACUACAACAGGUGUGGUCGAGCCAACAACAACUACAGAACUGAGACCUGUCUGGAUGUAACGAUCCCAGAUGAUCAUCUGGCUGGAUGUGAUAUUUACGCUGAGGCUGAUUCACCUCGCAGGACUGAGCUCCGUCCUGAAGGGGCUGGACUCCCCAACACUGACUUCCUGCUGUACCUCCACACGCAGGCCACUGACAAGUGCAGAGCAGAGCCUAAUGUCUUGGCCUACACUGUCCACUGUCAGACGGACACUCAUGGACGACCUGUGGCCGGGGUGGUCGUCAUCUGCAGGGACAGUCUGACAGGAGCCACUUACAGCCACCAGGCUAUUGUACAGACUAUCAUCCAUGAGCUGUUUCAUACACUUGGUUUCUCUAAAGAGCUCUUCCACACCUGGAGAGACUGUUCAUCCAAGUCUCAAGUGGCUGCUGGCUGUUCUCCUCGAGGCAAAGUGAGUCAUUCUGAUAGAUCGGGCCAGAUGAGGAUUUACACCCCAUCCCUCAUUUCCACCUUGCAGAAGCACCUGGCAUCUACUGACCCUGAGCUAGGGGGGCCGCUAGAGAACCUGGAUGUUGCUCCAGGCAGAGUGUCCUCUCACUGGGAGUCCCGGGUCCUGCAGGGCUCCAUCAUGGCACCGGUGCUGGGGGACUCGCCCACAGUCCGGAUCGACCCGGUCACCUUGGCUGCAUUACAGGAUACGGGCUGGUACACUGUUGACCUGAACCAGGCACAGAGUCUAGUCUGGGGAGAUGGUGAAGGAGCUACGUUUGGUUCCCUGUCAACCUGUCGGAACAAGUCUUCAUCUUUUUUCUGCACCGGCAGUGGAUUUGGGUGUCAUUAUCUUCACCUCCACAAGGGGGAGUGCCAGACUGAUCAACACCUGGAGGGAUGUCGAGUGUAUAAACCCCUCAAGAAUGGAAGUGAAUGUUGGAUAGAGAAAAAUGGCAGAGACGAAGACUGGAGCGGGGAGAUCUUUGGUGUUCACAGCCGUUGCUUCUUCUCCAGUCUGACCAGACAGAAGCAGACGGAGCUCAGCAGCUCUGUGGAGGGACGUUGUUACAGACACAGGUGUACUGGCCUGAACCGGUACCAAAUCCAGGUGUCUGGCUCUGAAUGGAUGGACUGUCCACCAGGGGACAAUAUUCAGAUAAAAGGAUACCAGGGUUUAGUUCACUGCCCUGACAGGAGGUUAUGUGUGUACGCUGACAUUACCCCCCCUUCAGAUGUUCUCAAUACAUUUCCUGUUUCUAUCACAAGUGAUUCGUAUGAGACUUUAACUGCAGCCCAGACCUGGAGCUGGUCGCCCCUCAGACUCCCUGCAGAGCUCCCUGUGGCCUCGGUGCUCGGCGUCACUGCUGCUGUGUGUCUCCUGGCUGCAGCUCUGCUGUCUCUCAGGAAACGUUGCUCCUGCAAGGUCCGGAUCCACACUGCCCCAGAGGAUCACACACUUUGAUUUUUAUGGCUUGUUUUUUUCUUAGGCUAAAUUAUCAUUUUCAUUCAUAAUUAGUUUUUACAUUUUAAUUAUAAUUUGUAUUAAAGAGGAAAUACAGCAAAGUCAUGAACAUGAUUUGCAGUGGACCAUCCACUAGUUUCCUGCCCCACACAUAAUGGUAAUAAAUGUUAAAAUAAUGACAAACCAGGGCGAAACUGUUUUACAAAAGUACAUUAUUAACCGAAUGACAUAACCCCGCCCCCCCCUCUCUAUAUCAAGGAUUGUUCAGAGUUGUUAUUCUAACAGGAAGUAUCACCAUAAUGCAAAACCAACAACAAUGAAAAAUAAUUAAACAGAAGAUUCUUCUUGUUUUAAGAUGAACUCCUGCAGAGCUGCUGACAAUUCUCAUCUGGUGCUGAAGUAAGACGAAAGUUAUUUCCCCUCAAAAAAAACUCUUAAUGUGGUAAUGCAUUUAAAAAAGCAGAAACUUUUUUGCUCCUUUGUUUCCUCUUUUCUGCUGUAGUCCGAUUGUCCAGGCGUUGUUCACUCGACUUGCUUGUGUUAUGUUUUCGAAGGAGGAAAAGAUCUUCUUUGAUUCUGUCCUUGUUGAAGCUUGAAAGCUUUUCAUAAUUUUCAUCACCCUGCUUUUCUCGAACCUGAUGGCUGAGUGCUUCUUUCUUCAUUUAUUUUCUUUAUCUGUCCGUGACUCUGUUGGAUUUGUUCCAUGUGCCUGUUUUCUUUAUCAUUAGCUUCGUUUCUCAGACUAUUUAUAAUUUGUCAGUGGUAAAAAAUGAACAUGGUGCAUUUUACUCUUAAGUACAAUUCUGGGUAGGCCUACUAUUUCCAUUUUCUGCUAUAUUUCUACUUUUCUAGCCUACAUUUAAGAGGGAAAUAUUGUACUUUGUCCCUCCACUACAUUUAUCUGACAGCUAUAGCUACUGGUUACUUUUCAGAUUUUACAUACACACUUAGUACCAUGGAUGUAUUAAGAGAGCUUUGUUACUAAUACAAAAGUCAAUGUUCUGAAUACUUGUUUAUAGUGAUUUCACCAUUAUAUCACAAUUAAUGUGACACUACUAAAGUUAGAUAAAACGACUGACAGCACAUUUUAUAAGCAGAUGUGUGGUUCUCAUUUGACAUUUAUUCAUGAUAUCUAUUUUUUGUGAUACUUCUGACUUCACUUUGGCCCAGAACAAGACUUGCUCAGAUCCCUAACAGAGCGCCCUGUAGCCCCAACACUAUGCUAAAUAGAAAUGAUUUAUUCAAAACCAAUAGCAUUAAUGU